AUGUCUUCCGAGAUACAUCCGCAAACCAAUCUGCCAAAUCCCUCAAGAUCAAAUCCACCUGACUCUUCUCGGAAACUCAUUUUUAUUUCUCUACUGACUCUUGCUGCUGCUGUGCUGAUCGCACUUUUCUGGAGCGACGCCGUCAAUCUGUCUGCCUUCCGCCGUCUAUUCGGAUCCUCUUCCCGCGCUGCUUCGGCUGUAGCUCCAUUGUCUCUAUCGACUGCAGCAACAGCGUCACUUGCAGCUGCGACGACCAAGGGAAGAACUGCAUCAAUUGACAAUUUGGCUGAAUCCAAGAUGACCGGGAAAACACCCAUCUACUUCUUUAGUCAUGGCGGACCCAACAUCAUGUAUGAUUAUGACCACCCGGCCUACAAGAAGCUGGGUCAGAUAGGGCGAGAAAUUACCUCGAAGGUUAAGCCUGAUGCUGUUGUUGUGUUCUCCGCGCACUGGCAGGGUGGUAGGGAUACUAUCUAUGUCAACAAUGCUGAGAUCACCGAAUUGAUCUAUGACUUCUACGGUUUCCCAGAUAACUACUAUAAGGAGAAGUAUCCUAAUGUGGGUAGCAAAGCUGUUGCGAACAAAGUGCUUGAUGCUCUCAAGAAUGCCGGUAUCGACGCGAAGGGUACGAAGCGUGGACUGGACCAUGGAGUUUGGGCCAGCUUUAAGUGCGCAUUUGCGCCGGAUGACAACCCACUAAACGUACCUAUUGUGCAGGUUUCCCUUUUCGAUAACGAAGAUCCGGUGCAGCACUACAAGCUCGGUCAGGCAAUCUCCCACCUGCGUGAGCAGAACAUUCUCAUUAUUGUUUCCGGUAUGGCGGUGCACAACCUGCGCGACCUGCGCUUUUCAUUCGGCAGCUCGCGUCCAAUGCCGUACACAGUUAGCUUCGAUGAAGCUCUCAAAGAGGCUGUGACCACUGCGCCGGAGGAACGUGAGCAGGCCCUGGUGCAGCUUUUAAAGCGCCCAGAUGCUCGCCAGGCCCAUCCGACAUUCGACCACCUGCUCCCUAUUCACAUUGGAGCCGGAGCUGCGGGUGAUGAUGUUGGCAAGAGACUUUUCACGUAUCCGGAGGGAAGUAUGAGCUGGUCGCAGUUCCGAUUUGGAGAUCUUGCAAAUGCUAGUACCUCUUUAUAA